CCCGCUGUUAUUGGUUGCUGUUGCCGCCGUAUUCCCUCUUAUUUACGACCGGUUCAUUUUUUUUAGAGACAUAAAAUGGAGGAGGAUCAAAGCUUGGAUAAACCUUAUCGGGCCGAAUAUGCCAAAAGUAGUAGAUCCAAUUGCAAAUCAUGUAAAACACAAAUUGCAAAGGAUGUUUUGCGUUUAGGAGUAAUGAUACAGUCUCCUGUUCAUGAUGGUAAAAUUCCCCAUUGGUACCAUUUCAUGUGUUUCUUUGGAAAACAAAGGCCUUCUUCAGUUAAUGAUAUUGCCCAUUUUGAUUCACUUAGAUGGGAAGAUCAACAGAAACUUACUGAAACAUUAGCUGAAGCUUCCAAGAAAGGACCACCGGUCACUCAAAAAGGGAAAAAAGCCACAAAAAGGGGGCAGCUCAAUGGUCUUCAAGAUUACACUGUUGAGUAUGCAAAAUCUUCUAGGGCAAUGUGCCGUGGAUGUGAAGUAAAGAUAACUAAGGAAGAAGUUAGAAUAUCCAAAAAAGAUUUUGAAAGUGAAGGUGCGAAAAUGUAUGGUGGACAAGAGAGAUGGCACCAUGUUGAAUGUUUUGCUAAAUUACGUAAUGACCUACAAUUUUUUGAAAGUGGUGAUGCUUUGCCUGGUUUUGAACAAUUGAAAAAAGAGGACAAAGAAACUGUUCUAAAGGCUCUACCAAAAAUAGAAGCACAGUCGACUGCAAAAGUUAAGGAUGAAGUUGACGAUGCUCCACCUGAGAAGAAAAUUAAAAGUGAAAAAAAAGAAAUAAAAACUGAAACUUCUUCAGUUGAUGAGAAUUUGUUAAAAAAGCAAAACAAACUUAUGUUUAAAUACAGAGACCAACUUAAAAAUUUAUCAAAAAAGGAACUUACAGAUUUGUUGUUGUGCAAUAAUCAAGAUGAUCCUGUUGGUACUGAUAGGAAACUUGAUAGAUUGCAAGAUAUUAUGGCUUUUGGCGCUCUUGAAAAAUGUACCAAAUGUAAAGAUGGUAGAUUUAUUUACCAAUCUGGCAUUGGUUAUCAAUGUAAUGGGAAUCUUACUGAGUGGACUAAAUGUCUGAGUGUUGAAGAAAAGCCAAAAAGAAAAAAAUUCAAAGUACCUGAAGAAUAUCGGUCCAAAUACUUGUUUUUGGAAGAGUACAAAUGUAAAGUGCAAGAUCGAUAUUUUGUAAAAGAUGAAAGACCUAAAGUAAGUCAGAAUUCUGAACCAAGUACGAGUGCAAAGAUAGAGAAAUUUACUCCAUUUCGAGGAAUGACUUUUUAUAUUAUUGGUAAACUGGAGAAAAGUAAAGAUCAAAUCAAAACCAAAAUUUUAAAAUGGGGUGGAAAUUUAGCUUCAAAGUUAACAAGUGAUGUUGUUGCAAUAAUUUCAACUCCAGAUGAAGUAAAUAAAAUGAAUAGUAAAAUGGAAACUGCCCAAGAAUUAAACAUUCCUGUUGUACCUGAGUCAUUUAUUGAAGCUUGUGAAAAAGGUGGAGCCAUAGAUAAAAUUACAGAAUCUGUUAUUUCACCAUGGGGUGGUAAUGUAAAGGAAAAAGUGAAUGAAGCAAUACAAAAAUCUGCUGCCGAUAGAAAGAAAUCAGGAAAAAGUGGAAGUAGGUUUGAGAAGAGUGUAUCAAAGGUAACAUUAAAGGUUGUUGGUGGCUUAGCUGUUGAUCCAGAUUCUGGCUUAGAUGAUAUUGCUCAUGUUUAUACUGAUGGCAAGGAUAAGUACACCUGUGUGCUUGGUCUUUCUGAUGUACAAACUAACAAAAACAGUUUUUAUAAAAUUCAGCUCUUGGAAUCCAACAAGAAAGACAAGUUUUGGGUUUUCCGUUCGUGGGGUAGAAUUGGUACUAAAAUUGGAGGAAAGAAGGUAGAAAAUAUGAGCACACUUCAUGAUGCUAAAAAACAGUUCAAGUGUGUAUAUCGUGAUCAAACCAAUAAUGAAUGGAAACAUCGUGAAAACUUUGUUAAAUAUCCAGAAUUUAUGUAUCCUAUUGACAUUGAUUACGGUGAGAGUGAUAAUAUCAAACUGUCUUCUGAAUCUAAUUAUGAGUCAAAAUUAUCAAAACCUCUUCAAGAAUUAAUAAGGAUGAUUUUUGAUGUUGAUAUAAUGAGAAAAGUCAUGAUGGAAUUUGAGUUGGACAUGGAAAAAAUGCCUUUAGGAAAAUUAAGUCGUAAGCAGAUACAAAAGGCAUAUGCUGUACUUUCAGAAUUGCAGGAAAAGGAUGGUGAUAUAAAACCAAUGAAGGUGACGGAUGCUACCAAUCGGUUUUACACAUUAAUUCCCCAUAACUUUGGAACUGAUAGCCCACCACUUCUUGACAAUAAAGAGAUAAUACAGUCCAAAUUAGAAAUGCUGGAAAGUUUAAUGGAAAUGGAAGUAGCCUACAGCUUGUUGCGAGAAACCAAAGGUGAAGGAGAAGAAGGCAUGCAUCCAUUGGAUGCACAUUAUGCUAAACUAAAUGCUGAUAUACAAGUUCUUGAAAGAGAUACUGAGGAAUUCAAAAAUAUUGAAGCUUAUGUUAAAAACACCCACGGUGAAACUCACACUCAGUAUUCACUUGAGAUUGCUGAUGUAUUUAAAGUUAAAAGAAGUGGUGAAGACAAAAAAUUCAAACCAUUCAAGAAGAUGAAAAAUAGAAAGUUAUUAUGGCAUGGUUCAAGAAUUACAAACUUCGCUGGAAUAUUAUCACAGGGACUGAGGAUAGCACCACCAGAAGCACCAGUUUGUGGUUAUAUGUUUGGCAAAGGUAUAUAUUUUGCAGAUAUGGUUUCUAAAUCUGCCAAUUAUUGUAUGUCUUCACCUUCGAAUCCCAACGGUUUAAUACUUUUAUGUGAAGUAGCCCUUGGUGAAAUGUAUGAAAGAACAAGAGCUGAUUACAUAGAAAAGCUUCCCUCCGGUAAACACAGUACUAAAGGUGUAGGUCUGACAAUGCCUGAUCCUGAACAGUCUGUCCAAAAUAGUGAGGGUGUUGAAAUUCCAUUAGGUAAACCUGUUAAGCAGUUCACAGAUAACUCCAAGACAUCUCUACUUUAUAAUGAAUAUAUUGUUUAUGAUGUGGCCCAGGUGAAAAUGCAGUAUCUCAUCAAAAUGAAGUUUAACUAUGUCACUAUGUAUUAAUUUGUGGUUAUAAUUUUUGACUGCUAAAAGUGAUACUUAGUAUUAGUGAAAAAACGUGAUCCUGGCAUUGUAAGAAUGUUUCUAAUGGGUGUAUUUGAAGGAAGAUCUGAUCUGUCCUCAAGUGUAUUUUUAUAAAAAUGAUUGUUUUAGAAAAAUGAAAGUGUAAGCCUUUUUACUAUUAUAUAUUAUUUCUGAUGUCACUAGGUGAUUAACAGUUACCUAAAAAGAUAAUAUUGUUCUGUGUUGUGUAAUAUACUACAAGAUUAUUUAAAUGAUUAAGAAUAUAUAAUCCUCCAUCAGCUGUAUUCCUUGCCAAGUGUAAAACAGUAAUGUUUCUAAGUUUUGUUAUUAGUCAAAUCAACUAAGUGUAACUGAUGGAGGGUUAAGGUUUUAUCAUUUAUUAUUAUUAUUAUUGAUGUGCACAUAAACUCUUACUAACUGAGUAUGGUUUUGUGAGACUAAAGUCUGUUUGAAUUUAUGUUUUGUGUUCCUCAAUCCUCACUGAAGUUGCCUUUGAUGUUUGUUUUGUGGAUGGAUAUAUUGUAAAUCUCAAACAUUUUUGUUUUCAUCACUGAAAAAAUAAUUAUAAAGAAGAAAAAUAAAAAAACUAGUAUGUUAACAUGCAAAUAUAAUACUUAGAUAAGUACAGGUUUUAUAGUAUCCUUUUGUUUUUUUAUGGCACUGAUGAAAACUAGUGAAUAUAAUGCAUACUAUAUUCUCAGUCUCAAUGUGAAAUCUAGUAACUAACCUUUGUAUUUACCUUUAUCCUAAUCUUUCAGAAAGAAAAAAAAGGUUAACAAAUAAA